AUGCGCCUGUUUUUUCUUUGGGGAUUCGUAAAGGGAGGGAUCCAAGAAUUGUUUAAUGACGGGAUCGGCCACCAUGCAUACGGGUUCCCAUCCUACGAGGAAGUGUUCGAAGCCCUGGAUCACCUCGAAGGCUCUAAUCCCCUCUUCAUAACGAAGAUUCCCAUUGGACUGUCUUACCAGUGUCGUGUAAUCUGGUCGUAUCUGGUCUCAACGAAAGGAAUACAAGACCCAAAAGUCUACGCCAACUCCACCAGCUUCAUGCAAUAUGCCCUAAUGAAGUCUAUUGCCGAAGAAGAAUCGAUUGCCCGUUGCAGUAAAGAGGUUCGCCAAGGGGGCGGGGAGCGGCGACAGCAGAGGGACUUUCUGUGGCUCUCCAGCCAUCUGGACGCGGUGGACAGAUUCUUUAAAUCCCGCGAUUCGGAAGACCGCGUGGUCACUAUUGACCCUGCCAGCCCUGAAGUCGACGCCAGCCCUGAGCCGGACGGCAACCCUCAAUUGGAUGUCUACGCCGGACCAGAUGGCAACCCUGGACUCGACGGCAAUGCUGGACCGGAUGCUGAGGACCCCGAAAACGACCCAGACGCCAUAGAAGAAAACAGCGCACAAUUAGAAGGGCAACAGUUCGCCGGCAGGGGGCAGUCUGCCCCUGUCCGAGGUCUCUUUGCGACUCUUUCAACGCGGUUCUGGCGGAUGCCAUGGACAAGCGUGCCUCGCUCACUGACGUCCUACUCCGUCACGGAGCAGGGCGCCUUCCGAGAAGAACACCACAACCCGUCAGGGUACAACGUGUGGGGAUAUAACCCGCGGUGGAACAACCCGGGGGCGUAUGGCCCCCGGGGGUACGCAGGUGCAAGGGGCUACGGUACUGGGAGGCCACGGGGUUACCGACCGUGGAUUGCCCCGGGAAGGCCGACCAGCUAUGUAAGCUCGACGGGAUACGGAGGCUCGCCGGGUUAUGGAGACUCGACGGCGCCGUGGACUCGAGAUCUGCAGUCGCUUAGCCAAAGGCGGUUGCGGGGAGUGCCGGCUGAAGUGAAGCCGUCAAGGCUUUCAGUGUUCCUUCGUCGUCUGGGUGUCUUCAGGCAGGACCCGUUUAUUCGCGGUUUCCGUCUGAAGAGCAACACGUGGUCGGGUCCCCGGGUGAACUCUGCUGGUCGGACGGUGGAGAAGGUGGAGGCCCCGGCAGAGGCACAGGCGGUGGCGGACAAGUCGUUGUGGCUGAAGCGUCUGGACGUAUUUGGGUAUGCGGAUCGCGGGCGUGUGCUGAUGACGGCUUUGCAUCAUGCGCGUGAGCCGACGAGUUUGACGGCAAGUUUUACUGUAUUCUAUGGAAUAGUAGAUAGUUUGAACAAAUUAGCUUUGGACCCUGCAGUCGGGCGAUCGGAUCCCGAGGACGGCUUGGUUUCGCAAAAUGCACUUGGCAGCUUGAUGUCAGGACGCGACAUUGUAUUCGUACCCUUCGUUAACCCCGAUGGAUAUCGCGCAAUCGAGUUAACAAGGAAUCCCAUGAUCCGCAAAAAUCAAAGGCCCACCUGUACCAACAAUCCAACCAACUCAACGGCCCUCUUGAACGGGAUUGAUCUCAACCGCAACUACGGCAGCACCUUUGUGCGUGAGCACUCGCCCUGUCACACCGAGGAGUAUGAAGGCACACACGCUUUCAGUGAGCCGGAGACGCGCGCCAUCCGCCGCCUCACCCGCCUCUUCCGGCCCCAGAUUGCCCUCAACUUCCACGCCUACGGGGACCUCUGGACGCGGCCUUGGAACUGCUGCAGCAACCGCACACUGUCGAGACGAGACAAACAAAUAUUUACUGAGAUCGCGCAGUCGCUACAUGGCAUCGAGUCGUUCGGCAGCGCACCCGAACUGAAACAGCUCGGGUACGUGGCGACAGGCGAAUCCGAUGAUUGGAUGAUGGAAGAGUACGGCACUAUUUCCAUGUCCCCGGAAAUUGGGCCAGAGGAACACGAAUUCUACCCCAAGACCUUUUCUGUUGUCAAGGAUAUCAACAGAGACAACUUUAACAGAACUAUUAAUGUCAUCACAAAGGCGGGCAGCGAGCUCAACAUGCUCCUCGAGCUGUGCUCGCCUCGCAGAAACCAGCUAUCCAUUGUCAACUCUGGUCUAAUGGACACAGGGCACAUCGCGCUGGUCUACUCCAAGCUACCCGGUAAGGAGGCUGAGGUUGCAGCACAACUCAUUGACCACGUCAAGGUGUCCACAGCUAACCAGGUAACCGGUGACCAGGUAACCGGUGACCAGGUAAUCGAUAAUGCAGCAGUUAGCCCGUCUAACUUUACUAGCUUCAUAAAUGUCAAUGUCCCCAUUACGGACGUCUCAGCCCGCUAUCGCCCGUUCGCCUGGACCGCUGUUCCGGGGGAGCCGGAGGUGCUGGAAAUCGACAAUAUCUCCGCCAGAGCCUCGUUCACAGAUCCCAAAUUACAGUUGGAGGAAGGAGCCGCCUACCAGUUCUGUGUGUACAAUUUAUCCGCAGAAGACGGCGACUACGAGGCCGGCGCGAAGGGUCGCCAACCCGAAAUCCAAGUGGGUUUCAAAACUCGUAGACACGUCGCGAAAUCGCCAGCAAGCCGACCGUUGGUCACUCCUGCGGUAAUUGACGACAAGAAGCUGGACACCCGGAAUACUGUUCGAUCGAACUUUGGUGGGCAGAAACGUGACACGGGGGUUGAUCAGUACUGGGAAGGAGGGCAACGUGCUAGCUUGGCUACUCUCAUUAUGGGCUACCAGUGCGGAACAAUAAGUAACCUGGGCUGCAGCACUGACGGCGCCUUUCUGUAUGUGCCUUUGAGUGUGAACCUCUUGACCACUGCCCAAUGA